AUGUCGGAGCUGAAAACAGGUUCGACACCACUUACAAAAGUGCAGCGUUUACAAAACUGCUUAAACAGAGUGGAAAGUGUUGCGUACUCUUCUCGAACCGGAAUGUCACUGGAAGAUGCUAAACGUUGUGCGGCAUAUAAAGCGGUUGAUGAGUACGUUAAGGAUAACAGCGUCAUCGGUGUAGGUUCGGGAUCAACUGUUGUCUACGCGGUGCAUCGUUUGGCAGAGCGAGUAAAAAAGGAGAAUUUGAAGCUGGUUUGUGUACCAACUAGUUUCCAGGCCCGGCAGCUCAUCGUGGAGCACGGGUUGGUACUCGGUGACCUGGAGUGUAAUCCUCGGCUGGAUUGUGCUAUUGAUGGAGCUGAUGAAGUGGAUUCAAAAAUGGUUUUGAUAAAGGGUGGAGGAGGGUGCUUGUUACAGGAAAAGAUUGUGGCAUCCUGUGCCGACCGAUUGGUGGUUAUUGCUGAUUACACGAAAGAUUCUACUAAGCUUGGCCAGCAGUACCGUAAGGGCAUUCCAAUCGAGGUUGUUCCGAUGGCUUACGUACCUAUACGGAACAGAAUUAUGACCCAAUUCGGUGGCAGCCUGAAGUUGAGAAUGGCUGUGGCGAAAGCUGGCCCGGUCGUCACAGACAACGCUAAUUUUAUCUUGGAUUGGAAUUUUGAUUCAGAUAAAGAGCAUGACUGGGAUGCGGUAAACCGUGAGAUUAUGAUGAUGCCUGGAGUUGUAGACACCGGCCUAUUUGUCGGUAUGGCUACGAAGGCUUAUUUUGGACAAAGCGAUGGCACUGUUACAGAACGGAGUGCAUAA